AUGGAGAGCUUCCAGCUGAAGAACCUGAACCCUGCGCAGCUGUUUCAGCUGUUGUUCCUCACCGUGCUGGAGCUGGCAGAGCGCUUCCAGAUCAACCUGAGGGGGCGGCCGCGUGUUUUCAUGCGGGAAGAACCUGAUGAGGAAAACCCACCAGAAGCUGUCCAGCCACCACCGGUGCCAGCUCAUGGGCCAGUACGUGCUCGCAGAUGCCAGAGUGCCUGCCGCUUCUGCGUGCAAGGCUGCGACCGAACGCAAAGACUGCGACGCAUGUUGCAGGAAGAACAGCUGAACUGCCAGAGCGUUCUCUGUACUUGGUUGUUGUCAAUGUUUGCAUGGGGACACUUUAGCGUGCAACGAGUACAAAAGAUCAGUGCUUUGGUUAUGAAAGAUUUGAAGAGUGCUGAGACUUCUGAAACAAUCUGGAAUGACCUGGAGACAUUAUCCAAGUUAGGAACUGAAGGUCUGUACGCGAACAAGAUGCACACGGAGCUCAUGGGCAAAUGCAAAGGCUUGUCUAACCUACCGACUUUUGUGAUCUCCCGAGCUCAAGCCAUGGACGUGCUUUGCGACCGCGAUGAGUCCCCGUGGUUCAGGGUCCUUUCAGGAAUGGUGCACAAGUUUUACAAUGGCUGUCCAUGGCAACGAAAGGAGGACCAUUCCGCAGGGUUCCACGAACGUUCUCGCUUUCAGUGGGGAAGUUGGGAAAUCAAGACCAUGAAUGGCCUUGUGGUUCCUCGAUGGGAUCUUUGGAUGUCGAACCGUGGCAAAGCUCGAGACUUUUUCGAAAGUUGGCUACAUGUGCAGAUGCGAGGCUCUCCAGGCAGCGACCUCACCUACCAAGUAUUGGUCUUCUUGGAUCGGCUCUUCAUGGCAGGCUUGAAGCUAUAUGGUGAAGACCACCGAGAUGUCUUUGAAAAUCCUGAAGACUUCUUUGUGCGAAUGCUGCGACAUGAAGGGUACCGUGUCGAAGAUCAGAAAAUAUGGCUUGUUGACGAGAGCAGCGGCUGGUGGGAGGAGAAAAAGCCAUGUGGUCUAAAUUUGAAGGAAGCGUUUGACUUGUUGCACGAUGUGAAACUAAAAGACAUCAUGCAGCAGUGGGUUGAACCCAGUGCCUGGCCCCGCGGCGCCGCCCUGGCCGAAGCCACGUGGAGCGGCCGCCACCGCCCGGGCUUCGGCGACUUCCAACGACGCCUGGAGCUGCUGCAGCCGGAGCUGCGACGAAUGCAGGUGAAUUUUCGCGAUGCAGAUGGUCAGCAAGCGCUGUCGACGGCAAAGGCAAUCGAGGUGCACCGUGCAGCUUGGCCGUUCUCCAUUUGGGGACCCUUGAUGGCCUCGUAUGCCUCGCUGGCCUGGCUUUGUUUCUUCGCACGUGGAGACAAGAAGGAGCGAAAGGAGCUGAAGGACCUGAUGUGGCUGGAUUUGCACGAGGCACUCUUGGCCCAUGUCAGGCAGGGAUGUGGUGCUACACUCCGUGGUAUCAUUUUUUCCUUGGAUCAGCUGGCAGUGAAGAAUUUUGGGCAUCAGAAACUGGUAGCCGCUGAGCUCAAGACGCUUGGACUGGACAUCGCGGUGCAUUACCUGGACGACGGGCUGUUGGCUGGCGACCUUGGCGCUGUCAGCGCGGCCUUACGUCUCGUGCAGCAGCGGGCGGCCCACCUUGGCUUGGACCUCAACCUGGCAAAGUGCGAAGCGGUGGCACUUCACCCCCAAGCCGUGCCAACUCUCCAUGGAGCCUUGCCUGAUGCCUUGCCGCGCCAUGCCGAUGGCACUUGCAAAGUUUCGCAGAACUUUGAGUUCCUUGGAGCAGCAGUGGGGGACGCUGCUUUUAUGCAAUCCCACACUAAGGAACGAGCUGCGAAAGCUGGCGACCUGCUGGAUGCCAUCGGAGUGCCCGAAGAUCCCCAGGUUGCUCUUCGUCUCUUACGGGCUUGCGGCGGUUUUACCCGGAUGGUCCACAGCAUGCGGUGCACUCCUCCUACUGCCCACCGCCUGGCCCUCAACAUGUUUGACGGGAUGGUCCGCCGAUGCUUCGGUGACUUUAGCGGCAUCCAUCCAUCAGAUGGCCAAUGGGACCAGGCCACGCGCGGCCUCAACUUUGCAGGGCUCGGGCUCCGGGCCACCUCCCUGCAUGCUGCUGGUGCUUACAUCGCUUCAGUGGGUGCCAGCCUAGAAGCUUGCGUGGACAUUGACUCUGCCUUCUCUGCUACGGCCGUGAAGGCCGCAGCGGGCUUGCAGGAGGGCGUGGCCGGCUUGAACCAUUCGACACUUGGUGCCCGCAGUAUUGGACGCCAUGAGCCACCAUGCCGCGAUGUGCACGUGGUCUUCAAAUGGGCCGACCGUGCAGGGUUGCGCCCCGAGAAAGAGCCCACCCGGCUCCUAUUGCCCCAGUGCCCUGACGACACUUCGGCUGCCUGUCGUCGCCCUGCGGAUGUCUAUAUUCCUGCCAUGGCCGGGGGACCUGUUGCACUUGACGUCGCCGUUACGGCGCCACAGCGACAGGAAACCAUUGCCCAGGCAGCUCUCAUAGCUGGCGCGGCUGCCGCGGCCUAUGCAGCGCACAAAGCCCAACACCUUCAAACUGCCGAAGAUUGCCGCCGUCAGGGGGUGACCUUCACUCCAAUGGUUGUGGAAGCCACUGGCACCUGGGACCUGGCUGCAGCAAAGGUGUUGAAGCACAUGGCUCAGGCUGCGGCCGCUCGCUCUUCCAAUCCCGGCGACUCCUACAGCCUCUUGCUGCAAGAGCUUUGCGUGGUGGUUCGCAGCUGGCGAGCUCGGGUGGUUCUCCGCCGUCGCUGCGAAGCUCCACCUUCCGGCUAGAUCUUUCGAUGGCGGGCCCUUCUGAGAGCCGGGCCUCCUUUUCCUCGCACCUUUGCAGUGGCACUUUGGUUUUUGUCACCCUGCAUUUCUUUCGCGAGUUCACCUCGCUUUUCCUUCGGGAUCUGUACAACUUCAUUUUCUUGAUCCCAUUUUUGGCGCCUUGUAGCUCGUCCUCAAUUUGGCGUACGAGCAAGCCCGUGGAAUCCACGAGGUUUUUUGCCCCUUUUUGCCCCCGGAGCCACUGCCCCUUUUCCUGCUUGGCAGUGUGCUGUUUCUCCCUCAACCAGAGAAUCCCUCUGGUUUCAAU